AUGGACAUCUUGAUGGGCCUGCCAAGAACAUUUGUGUGGGUAUCGGUGGCUUCUGCAACCAUUUCCAUACAGUACGGUUACAACAUCUAUGUAGUCUAUUAUCCUACUAUGCUCCUGGAGCACUUCUACAACAAGUCAACAUUUGAGGAGCUGACAGAGCCAAAUUCUCAGAUGUUACUCAUUGGUAUCACCAUAGCUUUAUUCCCAUUUGGAGGGAUAUUUGGAGCACUGACCGUUGGCUGUCUGCUGGAUACAUUUGGGAGGAAAAAUUCUCUGAUGAUAGCCAGCAUUUUUUCCACCGUCUCUGCUAUUCUCAUGGGUUGUUCCAAUCUGAUAUAUGCCUUUGAAUACACCAUGUUUGCACGCUUGUACACGGGAAUAUGUGCAGGCAUACUCUCUGGUGUUGUCCCUCUAUACCUUGGCGAAAUCUCCCCAAGAAACCUGAGGGGAUGCCUUGUCAUGAUGCCCCACUUCUUCACAACGGUUGGUGUCCUGUUGUCUCGAUUUGUUUCUCUUCACAAUGUCCUGGGGAACCAAGAAGGUUGGCCAAUAUUGAUGGGUGUUAUUGGGAUCAUACCAGGGAUACAGAUGUUCCUAGUGCCUUUCUACCCUGAAAGUCCUGGGUAUCUACUGAUUCAGAAGGGGGAUGAAGAGAAAGCAAGACAAGCUCUACAGAAGCUGAGAGAUAAGGAGGAUGUGGAGGAUGAAAUGGAGGAGCUCCGUCAGGAGGACAUCGCAGAGAAAGCAGAAAAGGAGAUGACCUGCAUGAAGCUCAUUCAGACAGAAAGCCUGCGGAGGCAAGUCGUCACUACCAUUGUCCUGAUGAGUGGCCAGCAGCUUGCCGGCCUCAAUGCGGCGUACUACUAUACAGAGAAAAUCUACUUGGCUACAAAUGUGGGAAUGGAGAAUGUCCAAUUCAUUAGUAUUGCCACAACCACCCUUCUCUGCUUGACAGGUGCAUUAGCGAUGUAUCUUGCGGAUUCUGUAGGACGAAGGGUUCUGAUUCUCAUAGGCUUUGUGUGUUGCACCAUCACCUGUGUCUUGCUAACCAUGACCCUCGAACUUCAGGAAAGCUUCCCAGUGAUGAAGUAUUUCAGUGCCUUUUUUGUUAACGUAUUCCUCUUCGGACACUUCUUAGGGCCAGGUCCAGUUCCAUCAGUACUUGUAGUAGAGAUAUUCUUCCAGUCAUCCCGGGCCUCAGCCUAUGUGAUUGCAGGAUUCACGAAGUGGUUCCUAAGCUUUCUUACAGGAGUGUCAUUCCUACAGAUACAGAAUCGUCUUGGGUCCUACAGCUUCUUCAUCUUCUGGCCAAUCUGCAUAGCCACCUUUUAUUACAUAUUCAAAUUUGUUCCAGAAACCAAGCAAAAGACAUAUAUGGAUAUCAGGAGAAUCAUGGCAAAACACACCUCCAGGAGAAUUAAAGUCAAGAAGCAUGGGGGGAAAUAG